CUCUGAGUUCUGGGGCCCUGCAGUGGUCUGACUGCCUUUUCUCUUCUUGAUUUACAGCCAGAAAACCUGCAGAAGAACUGGCUUCGGGAGUUCUACCAGGUCGUGCACACCCACAGGCCUCACUUCAUGGCCUUGCACUGCCAGGAGUUCGGAGGGAAGAACUACGAGGCCUCCAUGUCCCACGUGGACAAGUUUGUCAAAGAGCUGCUGUCCAGUGACGCGAUGAAGGAGUACAACAGGGCUCGUGUCUACCUGGACGAGAACUACCAGUCCCAGGAGCACUUCACGGCCCUGGGAAGCUUUUACUUUCUUCACGAGUCCCUGAAGAACAUCUACCAAUUCGACUUUAAAGCCAAGAAGUACAAGAAGGUGACCGGCAAAGAGAUCUACUCGGACACCCUGGAGAGCACACCCAUGCUGGAGAAGGAGAAGUUCCCGCAGGACUACUUCCCAGAGUGCAAAUGGUCACGAAAGGGCUUCAUCCGGACGCGGUGGUGCCUCGCUGACUGUGCCUUUGACCUGGUGAACAUCCAUCUUUUCCACGACGCGUCCAACCUGGUUGCCUGGGAGACGAGCCCGUCGGUGUACUCGGGCAUCCGGCACAAGGCACUGGGCUAUGUGCUGGACAGAAUCAUCGACCAGCGAUUCGAGAAAGUCUCCUACUUUGUCUUUGGCGAUUUCAACUUCCGGCUGGAUUCCAGGUCCGUGGUGGAGACGCUCUGCACAAAAGCCACCAUGCAGACCGUCCGGGCCGCCGACACCAACGAAGUCGUGAAGCUGAUAUUUCGGGAGUCGGACAAUGACCGGAAGGUGAUGCUGCAGUUAGAGAAGAAGCUCUUCGACUACGUCAACCAGGAAGUCUUCCGGGACAACAACGGCACUGCGCUCUUGGAAUUUGACAAAGAGUUGUCUGUCUUUAAGGACAGGCUGUGUGAACUGGAUAUCUCGUUCCCUCCCAGCUACCCGUAUAGCGAGGACUGUGCCCAGGGCGAGCAGUACAUGAACACCCGGUGCCCCGCGUGGUGUGACCGAAUCCUCAUGUCCCCCUCUGCCAGGGAGCUGGUGCUGAGGUCGGAGAGUGAGGACAAAGUGGUCACCUACGACCACAUCGGGCCCAGCGUCUGCAUGGGAGACCACAAGGCAGGAGAGGCCUCUGCGGCGCCAGGGUCCCGGGCCAGCGCUCGCUGUAGCAGACUCCGCCACGCCACCUGCCCGCCGGCGGCCCCACACUUCGCUUCAGCCUCCGGACCGUUCCGGAAAAGCCUCACAUACCUCACUGUCGUGUCUGUCCCUGUGACGUUAGGUAGAAAUACUGGGUUUCCAAGCCGGCCACGGUCCUGUUGCCAAAACUAGCCGACGGCGGCGUCUGGCCUUCGGUCCCACGGUCUGCACCCGGCGCGGCCGUCGGAGGAGGGGCCUCGCUCGGCUCUGCCGCCGCGCUCCAGGCGUCCGAAUCUCACCGCAGCUGCUUCCGGUUUUUAUAUAUAAAUAUAUAUAAAUAUAUACUUUUUAAAAUAAUUUAUAAACCUUACCAAAACUUACGCUGAAUCUAUUUGCAGUACGAAUGCACGCGCGUCUAUGGCAGGCGGGCUCCGAGCCCGGGCGCGCCGCCCCAGCGCGGCCGGGGGCUCCAGCGCCCCUGCCUUUGUUCUGUGCCACACCGAGGACUGAACGAGGAGCUCCCGUGGACUCUUGUAAGCCACGUCGUCGUGUCUUGCGUUACCGUCUCAUGGUGCCCGGUAUUCUACAGUAAACCGUGAGCCAUGGGGGACAGGGGCCCAGUCGGCCCUGGGGAGACAGCGCCUUGUACCGAUCCCACUAAAGAACACUACAGCGUCCAGACGCCCGUCUGCGUGGACAGCCACCGCCACAGCCUGCCGCGCGGUGUCCGCCGCAUCUGUGUCCGCCGCUGCCGGCCGGGUCUGCGCGGUCCGGGGGGUGGGGGGGAAAUGUCCGUUCCCAAGGCCUGGAGAAGCGACAGCUCAGUUCCUAAGCAAUAAAAUUGAUCGUGGUGAAAACCUGCA